UCAUUUCAGUUUUCAGUGGCUUUUCUCCUCACAACGUAAGGUACGUACUCGUUGAUUGGAAUAGGACCUGGAGUGAUUUCUUGUGAACCCUGAUCUUCCAGUUAACAUUUAAAAAGACCUGUGAGCGACGAUGGUUUAGCUACGCGUGGUCCUAUCUCUGAUCUACUGACUUUGGUUGAUUGUCAAAAUGGCACAACCAGUGUUGGACCGAGAAUCGUUUUUCAAGCGCCUGAAGCGUGUAUUUCAAAAUUGGAAGUCGAGCAAAGAUGGCGGUGGUGCGUUUGCUUCAGUGGAUGCGCUCGUUAUCGGACUUCAAAAAGAUGAUGAAGCGGUGUACUCCAAAUCCCAAGCGUUUCAUUUAUGGAUUUUUGGCUAUGAACUGAUGGAGACUUUAUUGGUGAUAUGCGAGAACGGAAUUUAUGCGGUGGCUUCCAAAAAGAAAGCUGAAUUUCUGAAACCUUUGGAAAAAGUGGAUGAAACCCUAUCAAAUGGGUUGCCGAGUGUUAAGAUUAUGGUCAGAGAAAAGGGAGAUGCUGGCUCGGCGUACUUCGGUUCCCUGGUUGACGCUAUCAGACAGAGUCGAAAGGGCAAAACCGUGGGUAUGUUCACCAAAGACAAAAUGGACAUCGACGUGUAUAAACCGUGGAAUGAGCGAAUGGAGAAGGAGGGAUUCGCGAAAGUGGAUGUUUCCGUUUAUAUCGCAUACCUUAUGGCGCCCAAGGAUGAGAAAGAGUUGGUCCUUAUGAAAAAAUCCUGUCAGGCCUCGUGCGACAUCUUCAAGAAAUACUAUUAUGAAGAAGUGGUGAAGGCUAUUGAUCAGGAAAAGAAAGUGAAACACAGCAAAAUAUCAGACGGAUUCGACUCUGCAAUCAAGGACAAGAAAUUCGUACCAAGUGUUGAUAAACUUGAUGAACUGGAAACGUGCUAUCCGCCCAUUGUACAGAGCGGUGGGAAAUACAACUUUAAAUUCAAUACUACAAGUAACACCGACGUGAUGCACUUCGGAAUUAUCUGUGCGAGCUUCGGCCUGCGGUACAGGGGUUACUGUUCUAAUAUUGCGCGGACGGUGAUGGUAGCGCCCACCAAAUACCACGUCGAAGCGUACAAUGUGGCGUACGACUUGGAGGAAUACAUCAUCAAAAAGAUGGAACCGGGUGUGAAGUUGUGUGACAUUUAUGAAGCUGGUGUUAAAUGGCUCGAGAAGAAAAAACCUGAUAUGGUCGACCACAUGACCAAAUCAUUUGGGUUUGCCACUGGGCUGGAAUUUCGCGAGGGUACCCUGGUGAUCAAUUCAAAAACGACAGCGUUCGCACGGAAAGGAAUGACUUUCUGCAUUGUUCUGGGUUUCUCGGAGUUAAAGAAUCCCGAAGGAAAGGCGGAGGAGGAGAAGACGUUCGGCAUCUGGCUGGGUGAUACCGUAGUUAUUAGUGAUACCGGAGCUGCAACAGUCCUAACAGCCGCAGCCAAGAAGAAGCAACAACAAAUCAGUAUGGUGCUGGAACCCGAAGGGGGAAAGGAGAGCGAAGAAGAGGAGGAAAAAACUAUUAAUUUGGCCGAUAAUCAAAAUGGCAAUGCCAGGAGUCGACGUACAGCUGUCUUGACAGAUCGGCUACGAAACGAAGCGUCUGCCGAAGAGCGUCGAAAGCGCCAUCAGGAAGAAUUGGCCGCUAGGAUUAACGAACGCGCUUUGGAACGGUUGAAUAAAGGCAAGGGGGAAGUGGCGGAACCGAAGUUGAGAAAAUCGAACGUGGCCUACAAACGGGCCACGGAUAUGCCCACCGAUGAUGAAGUCAAGGAGCUGAAGAUUUUUGUUGAUCGGAAGAACGAAACUCUGAUCUUGCCUCUGUUUGGUGAACCUGUUCCUUUUCACAUAUCCAUGAUCAAAAGCGUGGCGAUCUCCCUGGAAGGGGAUUAUACAUACCUGCGUAUCAAUUUCAAUCAUCCUGGUUCAGCGGUUAUCGGUGGCAAAGAACUAAUGCAGUUCCCUCAUCCCGAAGCACAGUUCGUCAAAGAAUUGACAUUCCGCAGCAGUAAUACCAAAGAACCCGGAGAAUUAUCCGCUCCUUCGUCCAACCUGACCAACACGUUCCGCCUAGUCAAGGAACUUCAAAAGCGUUAUAAGACACGAGAAAUGGAGGAACGUGAAAAGGAGGGUGUUGUGCAGCAGGAUACCUUAGUUCUUAAUCCUAACAAAAAUCAACCCCGUCUCAAGGAUCUCUUUAUCCGUCCUCCGCUGUCGCAGAAACGAAUUUCCGGCACAUUGGAAGCUCACGUAAACGGUUUCCGUUAUACCACUCUGCGUGGCGAAAAAGUAGAUCUCUUGUACAACAACAUCAAACACGCUUUUUUCCAACCGUGUGAGGGUGAAAUGAUUAUUCUGCUGCAUUUUCAUUUGAAGAACCACAUCAUCUAUCAGAAGCGAAAAAUUAUUGAUAUCCAGUUCUAUACCGAGGUCGGCGAAUUGACCACGGAUCUGGGGAAGCAUUAUCAUAUGCAUGAUCGCGAUGAUUUGGCCUCGGAGCAGGCGGAGCGGGAAUUGCGCACCAAAUUGACGUCGGCCUUUAAAAGCUUCACAGAGAAGGUGGAGUCAAUAUCGCGAGGUGAUGUCGACUUCGAUACUCCUUUUCGCGAUCUGGGAUUUCCGGGUGUUCCACACCGUGCUACCGUGUUGCUACAACCCACCAGUACCUGCUUAGUGAAUUUAGCAGAAACCCCACCAUUUGUGAUUACGUUGGAAGAAAUUGAACUCGUGCACUUUGAACGUGUACAAUUCCACAUUAAAAACUUCGACAUGGUUUUCAUUUUCAAAGAUUACAGCCGUAAACCUGUUCUCGUUACGGCUGUUCCGAUGAAUUUACUGGAACACGUUAAGUCAUGGUUGGAUUCAUGCGAUAUACAUUUUACGGAGGGCAUUCAGAGUCUCAACUGGACAAAGAUCAUGAAAACUAUUGCUGAUGAUCCGAAGGCUUUCAUUGAAGAGGGUGGCUGGGAUUUCCUUGAGCCAGAAAACGAUGCCAACAAGGAAGCACAAGCGGCUGCAGAUGCUGAAGAGGAAGAGGAGGACGACGAAGCUUACGCUCCAUCCGAAUCUGAGUCAGCCGAAUCGGAGAGUGAGGAAGAAGCUUCGUCUGCGGUAGACGAAGAUGAAGAUGAUGAGGCCAGUGAAGAACUCAGUUCCGGCGAGGAAUCCGGAAAGGACUGGGAUGAACUUGAAGAAGAGGCAGCCAAAGCUGAUAGGCAGAAGGCCAUGGAAGAGGAACAAGAAAUGUCAAGAAUGCCGAAACGACCGGCUCAACGAGGCGGUGGUGGGGGCGGCAAGAAAAUGCGGCGUUGAUAACAAGAAUCGUUAUCGCUGUGUAUUGUAUUAUGGUCACUGCAAAUUUUGUUGGCAAAUCUCAGUGUUUUUCAGUUUUUUAUCAAUUCCUCUUGGUCAUGCAGAACAAGUGCAGGAUUGGACAGCCUGCAGAAGUUUGAUGUUUUUGAGCAGUUAUUGACUUGGAACUAUGGAACUUCGUUUAAAUAUAUCAUGUAAUGGUUGUUGUCCUAUCGUUUUGAUUUUUUGGUGAAUUAAAUGUGACGAACUCA